CCCUCUCUCUCUCCCUCUCUCUGUCUCUCUCUCUCUGUCUCUCUCUCUCUCUCUGUAAUGGACACUCAGAAGGAAGCCCUGCGCAGGAUCAUCAGCACAUUAUCCAAUAAGAAUGAAGAGCUUCAAAACUUCCUGGAAACAGUUGACAGCACACUGACAGGACUGCAGGAGGAGUCAUGUAAGGUGAUGUCUGAGCUAGAGGCGGAGCUUCAGCUUCUCAGCUCCACCCUAGAUGACAAGGGGGCGGAGCUGUGUGGCAUCAUUAAGGAGGAGACGCAGAGGAAAGAGGCGGAGCUUCAGACGCAACUGUCGGAGGGAAAGUUCGCUCUGCUGUCGUGUGAAGAACUGCUCGAGUUUGCCAAUCAAACACUGACGAUCACCAAUGAAGAAGAAUUCCUAAAGGCGGCCAAACAAAUCAAAGAGAGGGUAACAAUGGCUCCAGCGUUCCGGCUGACGACUCGCCCUGCGGUGUCGGAGAACAUGUCGCAAUUUACUGUUGACUUCAGUGUGGAGAGGGCGGGGCUUCAACGACUUCACUUCCUGCCUGUCCCCAGAGCUCCAGAGGUCGACAUGUCCAGAUGCAUCGUCCGUGACAACAACAUUAUGGUUGCCUGGCGACCAGCUGGCGAAGAUGACAGUGAUGGUGACAUCAGUGUCAGUGGACCAAUCGAACGCUAUGACCUUGAAUAUAGAAAAACAAACCAGGAAGGCUCGCUGAGAGCUGCAGGAGAAGCAUGCUGGGAAAAGAUCUGUGACAUCAGAGAGACUCACGUCAGCAUCUCAGAUCUAAAGUUCGACUCUCGCUUUGUUGUUGUCCGAGUACGAGCGAGAAACAAAACGGCCGCCGGUGACUUCUCUGAGCCUGUUGCCUUGGAAACCAGAGCGUAUAACUUUGGCUUUGACGCGGCGACGGCUCAUGCCGAGCUGAAGGUUCAGGGCGACACAGUGACCUGGGAGCCACAGGGGGUCAAAGGUCAUGACCCUCGACUGAGAGGAAAAGAGAAUAAAAGCAGAUUUUUGACCCUCUGCAGUCUCCAUACUGCAUCCCCUCGAACUGCUUCAGUAGCAGAAGUGCCACGCCCUCGCCUAAUAAGACAGCAGGAAGUCGAGCAGGACGUGACCGAUUCGCUGGAGAGUCGUACACAGUGCUCGUUUGUUGUCUGUCUCCAAGGUGACCAGGAGAUGACGGGUGGCACGUAUUACUGGGAACUCCGCCCCCUGGUGGACUGGAAGUCAAUCAGUGUGGGCGUUGCCUACCGGGCUUCCCUUGGCCGCUACGACCAAUUAGGGAAGAGCGCUGGUUCAUGGUGUCUCCACGCCAGCCAAUGGCUGCAGAGCUCGCUUGCUGCAAAGCACAACAACCGAGCAAAGGUGCUGGAUUGGCCGCUGCCUCAACGAAUUGGAGUCUACUGUGACUAUGACAACGCUGACGUGUUUCAGGUGAUUUAUCCUUCAUCGAUGUUGAUCAUCUUCGUCUUCUUCACUCCUUCAAAACAAAGUUCGGCCAGCCGCUCGUCCCCGCCUUCACUGUUUGGUGUGGUGGUAUCACCAUAAUGACGGGCCUGCAGGUGCCGAGCUUUAUGGGUAAUUUCCUGUCAACCAAUCGGAGCCUCAGUAACCUGUCUCAGUAGAUUGGUCUCCUCCUCCAUCUGUUUUUAAUUUAUUGUGUAUUUAUAAUAGGCUAAUUAUCAUUAAUUUAUUUUUGUAUAUUUUAACUUAUUUUUUCUUAAAUUGAAAUGAUAAAUAAUAAAAUAUUGUAGACAUAUAUUAGUUGUGAAUUGUUUUCAAUAUUAUUUGAAAAAAAAAUCUUUGUUUGAAUCUGUAAUGAAUUAAGGAAAUAUAUUGAUUGUUAUUGUCUUCUCUUACUUUGAAAAGCCAUAGCUCAGUUUGAGUGCUUUUGUUGUGAAGAGGUAGCUUCUUAGACGAAAUGUGUGUAACAGGAAAACUUUUGUUUUUAAAUGACAGCAUAUAAUUAUCAGCAAAGAAAAUGACAUGUUCUGUUUUAUUUUGAAGGAUGUCACAAGAUGACAUUUAAAGUUUAAAUAAGAAUGAUUUUUAGUUUGAAGAUAAAUGUUGAUACAUUUUAUUGUCAGGUUCUUAUCUGACCUGGAAACUGAAAAUAUCACUGUUUAUAUUUAUUGAUCCAUUGCAUGUUUAAAUGUCUGACCUAAAAUCAGCCCCAGUUCAAUGUUUUAUAAGUAUUUUGAUCUGUCAAAAUAAAAUUUGGAAAUAAAAUGAAACAACCUCCGUGUU